AUGUCUGUCGCAUCCUUGCAUCGUGAGACGGCCUUCCAGGCACGUUCUUUGUUCCGCUCCCUUUUGCGUCAUUCUGGGCAAUUUUCGAAUUACAACUUUCGUGAAUAUGCUCGUCGGAAAACAAAGGAUUCGUUCCGCGAGCACCAAAACACCUCGGAGGAACGGCAGAUACAGGAAUUGAUCCAGGAGGGACUUCAAAGCUUACGCUUGCUGAAGAGACAAACGGUCAUCAGCCAGUUCUUCCAAUUGGAUAAGUUGGUGGUGGAAGGCCAAAAGACUGGUAAGGAAACCGGGAACCACGGAGGAAUUGUUCGCCAGAAGGAUACCGGAGCCUCACGCUCAGGGCGGCACCUUGAUGGUGCCCCAAACCGUACCCGUACUGGACAAAUCGAUCACGACGUCUUUGAAGGAUUGCCAGUGCGCCGCUGGUCACGACAACAACAUACAUUCUCUCAAGCAGCCAAGCCUGAUGACUCAGAAUUUGGUGUUCAAGGCCCUGGCGGAGGGCCGAUUUUGCCAGAGCUACCCAUGCCCAGAGACAGCCAGAUUUUACCGCCAAUGAGUCGCGCACUUCUUCGAGCAGCCCGUGCCGGAUGUAUUCAUAUCCGCCAAGGUAGCAGACCAACCGAUGACGAGGAAAAGAGCGUAGUAGAUGCAGAAGACUCAGCCGCGGCUUCUCAUAUGGCCGAUCGGAGUUUCACAACUCGCAAAUGGAUGACGCUUCCCAAACACCUUGAGCCCGCAGAGGUGGAAUUUUUGGCAAAGAGGCGACCUGGCCUUCCCUCUCUCUAUGGCGCCACUGCUGGUACAGAUGGAAGCUCUGGGGCGGGUUCUGGGCCUAUGAGAAGAACAAAAUUCAAGAAGACCGACCCUGAAACUGGAAACAUCUCUAUCUACGAGGCGUGGGUACCAGAGGGGCAUCGUAUUGAAGGAGAGAUCACUGGAGACUUGCAAACUAUUGUCGAACAGAGCCAAGUGUCUGUGAAACCAGAGGCGCCUGCACCUGGAACAGUCGUCGAGGGGGUUGGCAUUGUCAAUGCAGAGGGUGUUGUAGUUGCGGAAGCUGGAUCAGCGGCUGUAAUGACACCGCCAAAGCGGCGCCCUCCUCCCCCUAAACGCAAGGGUAGGGGUAUUGGAAAGGGCCGGAAGAAGAAGGUAAUGUUUGCGCCCGGCGAAGGAGCCGACGCGGCGGCAGUACAUGGAGUUGGUCCUGCUUCUGGGACUAGUGCAAAUGGUGUCAAGGGAGAAGGACAGCAUGAUGGUUCGCAGAUGUCUAUUGACCAGGCUGGCCAAGAUGAAGACGAUGAAGACGGCGACGAAGGCGAUGACAGCGAUGAAGGUGAUGAGUCCAUGAUUGACGCGAAGACCCCUGACACUCCCCAGCCUUUGUCCGGUACAGAGUCUGUGGGUCGAUCAUCAUUCGAACCCUCCGCCGAGCAGUCAAUGGAUGUCGACAUGGCAGACGCCAUUCCCGAGAAUCAAGCUUCUGCUUCUGAACCAAUUUUGUUGGCCAAAAAAGAGACGACUACACAAGAGCAAGCGAUCGUGGCUGAAGCGGCCCAGCUCAAACAUAGCACCGAGGCGGAUUCUAGCGUUCCUUCCGAAAAGGCCGAUGCCACCGAUUUUAAAGAAAAACCUGUCAUUACGGGAAUUGACGAGACUCCUGUCUCGUCCGACAAGAGUGGUACAAUGACAAGUAAACAUACCGAUUUCACAACUACAGCCGAGGAAGCUCACAACUCAAGCAUCAAUCUACAAAAGAAAGAUGAAGCCACAGAACCGAUGGCCGAGCUCAGACAGAACGAGGAACCUAAUCUUGCAAGCGAGCAGAAGAAUGCAAUUGAUUUGCCACCUGCCAGCCCGAAAGAAUACUCAGAACCCCCAUUGCUACAGUCUUUGAACCACCCACAGCCUGCUGAACAACCACUCGGAGGAGUGUCAGCAUCAGAGCAAACUACGGUAUCGAGCAAUGCCUCGAUCGAGGUUCAGGAAUCCAAGCAGACUUCUAAUGAGUCACCUUCCAAUCUUGACGCACGAGAUAGGCUUUCAGUAGCCGCCGAGCACGAACAAACAAAGCCCUCUGGGAUUUUCGAGGCCAGUCCAGAUUCGACCGAAGCAAAAGAUGUUGAUAUGGAAGAUGCCCCGGCCUCAGAACCCAGUCCUGCGCGAAAUACUCAGUCUCUUGCAACCCAAGAUUCGCCUCAAGCACCACCGUUGAGUGCGCACAAUCCGCAGAUAGAACCCACUUCAGCUGAUGCAACUACGGCUGUUGAAGUUCCUGGUGUAAAUAAUGAUACCGCCGCAGAUCCCAGUCUGCCAGAGGAGCCGAAGACCAUUCCAGAUGAAAGGACAGAAGCAACAAGCGAGAUAGAUGGCCCCGACAAAACUGUCGACACCGGGGCACAUGUUGAAGAAAAUUCUCAUCCAGGGGAAGCCAAGGAGAUCGAUGAAAAUCGAGCAGCUCCCACAUCCGAUCCUACCGGCUGGUCCGUCUGA